GCUGAAAUGACUAUUAAGAAGAAGGAGGUGGUGUAUGUUUCAACAGGCCUAUUUUUUGGUUCUCUCAGAAAAUCACAAGUGAUCGAGUAGGAAAUGAGUCACCAUCUGUGUGGCAAAUACGACCAUCUUGCUACUCUCUCUCGCGUAGUGCGAAAAGCCAAGACGCAGAGAGUUAGCUCUAGAGAUUACGAGGAUGCUAACAUUGGUAUCAGAAAGCUUGAACACGAGACCUUGGAGCUGGGGUCUGAAAUUGUAUAUACAUCUGAGGAGAAAUGCUGAGGAGAAAGAGCGAGAGCUUUCAGGAAUGCGAGAGCAAGGUCCACAAGCGGUAAAAGACCAACUGUGUGCACUAGACUGAUGGAAGAGAAUAAGCAACUGAAGGCAGGGAUGUAUUCAGCUGGAGAACUUCAUAGGUAUGAGGUAAAUAAUUAAUACAACUUGUAAUUUUGGCUACUUUUUCAGAAAUUCUUUUUCAGAAUAUAAGCCCCCAUGAGGUUAUGAAUCUCACUAGGCCCACUAUGAAUUUUUAAUACGCUUAGAUGUUCAUAAACAAUAGAUAGGUGCCAUCCCUG